AGAAAGUUUCUUGAUAUAUUCGUUACCAGUGUCGAAAAAUUUUUUCUCGCAAUUUUUUCUUUUGACCACAUUUUAUUAUUGAUCUCAUUGGUUUUUGAAACAAAAUGGUUGUCAGUUCCGUUCAUAUUGUUUCGGAUUUUGCUGCCGGUCCACAAAUGGUCGAAACAUUUCAGACAAAUCUGGAAACAUUGGGUGCAAAAAAAUCGGGCAAUUUUCUAAUCGAAUGCGACACUUAUUAUUCUAAUGCCGCAAUAUUCCCCACACAAAAGUUGCUCAAUCUAUUACAAUCAUCGGAAUAUCCUGCCAGUGCAUUUUCAUUGAUAGAAAAUGGUCCAACCAUUGUUGCCGAUUCAUCUUUCGAACAGAUAAUUACUAAUUUAUCAAAUUUUUAUUCACCCAAAAAAUUGGCUCGUGUUGAAGUCCGUGGUCAAAAAUGGACGCUUGGUGAUUUCAUUGUCAAACUUGGAUCAUGUACAAUGGGAGCUAAUUUCAAAGCGGUUAUUGCCGAAAUCGAAUAUGGCCCUUGUUCGGUACCAAGUGCUUGUUGGGAUCUAAUUAAAGAAUUGGGACGAUCAUUUGUUGGCCCUUCGAUUAGUAAACCACAUCAACAUUUAUUAGCUCGUAUGAAUGAAUUGUAUGGUCCAGUGGAUACGAUCCAUCAAUAUAAUGAUAUAUUCAAUCAGAUUAAAAAACAAACACCUCAAGGUAAUACAAUGUAAAUUCAAUUCAAUCAA